GAGGAAAACUUGCAAGAAAUUUAAAGGUUCCUCUUUGAACCUAGUCAGAGAGCAACACACACACACACACACACACACACACACACACACACACGCACGCACAAGACUCAAGACAGUAUGAUCUUUAUCACGGCUGCUUUGUUUGUGUGUUUAUGGAGUGUGAAGGCGGAGCUAGUACCCACUGCCCCGGAUCGUGUGUUUGCUGUGCAGGGUUCAUGUGUUCUGAUCUCCUGCUCAUUUCCCUCUGUAAAUGGUUCUGGUGUGGGCGUGGCCAUACGGCUGAGGUACCGCCCCUCGCUCGUGUGGCCUCAGCGUCAUACGGCCUUCAGCAGCGACCAGGCAGAUCGGACAGAGCGCAAAUUCAGAGGGCGUGUCACCCUGAACGGGGACCCGAGAGUGGGGAACUGCUCCCUCACCAUCACUAACGUCAGCACCAGUGACCCAAAUACAUAUGAACUUGAGCUGAGGGAGGGUCGAGGGUCAUGGGGCGGAGCCAAGCGCAUUCAAGUUUUUGUCGCACUAGGUGUUCCUGAUCAGCCGGAGUUGAGUGCCCCCUGUGGUGGUGUUAGGCCAGACAGUGGUCCUGAACUGUUCGGUGAAGAUCAACUGCCCCUCGGCGCCCCCGCGCCUACACUGGGUGUGGGAGAGGGGGGGUGCAGAAGGGGCAGGACAGAAAAGAGAGACAGAGAAGGUGCAGGUUGAGGGUGAUAUGUCCACACUUAUCUCAUCUGUGUCUUUCACACCAACUGAGCUGGUGAAGCCGCGAGUCAGGUGUGAUGCUCAUCACCAUGGUAACAUGAAGAGCAGUCACACCAUGAACAUUAACAUCC